AUGAGUAACGAAUUCGACAUAGACGACAUUCUCCAGGAGUUUGACCAGAGGUCGAAGUUUGCACCCAAAAAAUCUCAGAAAUCGGCUAGAUCGACAUCUUCCUCGCAGACCAUCUACAAUGAGUUAACCACCGCAAUGUUGAACGAACGUAUGGCUCCAGAGCUAUUGCCAUACAAACACGAAUUGCUCAGGAACGUGUUAGAUCAGAUUUCCAACCAGCAGCAGUAUUUGCUAGACUCACACGAGUACGGAGAUAUGAACGCCCAGACUGGGAUCGUCUCAGGAGACUUCAAAUUGCAAUUAAUGAUUAUAGAAACAGAUAUAGAACGCAUAAACUAUUUGGUGCGACUUUAUCUUCGGGCAAGAUUGUCAAAAAUCAGUAAGUUCACUAUCCACUACAUCAAGACGACAGUUGACGAGCUGACUGAGUCAUUAUCCGAGUCCAAGUCGUUGCUUUCUCCAGAGGAAACAGAGUAUAUGACUAAGCAUUUCAAGAUUCUUACCGAUUUGUACAAUAACAGUUUCUUGAAGAAGAUGCCCGACCAUCUUCGUCUACUCGAUAAUGAGAGUAGUGGUGAAAAUAUGGUUGUAGCUCCUGAUGUUAACGAGCCAGUGUUCAUCAAAUGCAUAACCAAAGACUUGAUUACAGUACCGUUGGGUGACGGAGAUGAGUUGGAACUCGAAGAAAAUGGCAUCUAUGUCGUCAAAUACAGAUUGAUUCAAAAGUACGUCAGCAUUGGUGAUGUCGUGUUGAUAUGA